AUCGGCGCAGCCGAACUGUUUUCUGCACGCUUCUUGUACCGAGCCAGUGAGAGGUCCCGCGUGAGGCGGCCGUAUCGGUCAGACUACCGGCGAAGUUCGGCAAGCAACGCUACGUCAGCGAGAAGGAUGCAUUGCGGGGUGACUAUCACAUGGAUUCCUCACAUGCGGAUGGAGUGUUCGCUGCCGUUUUUGGAGCCUAGCUGA